CGGGUAAGUGCGAAGGGACAUUGAUGUCAAAACCCUCCAUCAUCAAACUGACAACUGAGGUAAACAUUAUUGAAAUUUCUUGAAAAUGGCGACCACCGCGGUUGACGAUAUCGACUACUCUGACAUCGAGGCCAAAUACAAGGUCAAUUACAAUGACAGCCUCGACAACAUGGUGGUCGUCGAUGGCGUGCCUAUAAUCGACCGCUCUAAGCUUGAUAAACUGGUCGCCAAAAUCUCGAAGGAAUUCUCGAAAAAGGGUGUGCCGAUCAAGGUGGAUGAUAUCUUCAUGCCAUGGGAGGAAGGCAAAGACAAGAGUCAAGGAUUCCUUUUCCUGGAAUUCAAAACCGCCGACGACGCGUCAUUGGCCAUCGCUGCUAUGAACAAUCAUCCAUUUGAUUCGAAACACACGUUCAAAGUCAACCGUUUCACGGACAUCGAACACUUCCAGGACUUUGACGAGACCUAUGUCGAGCCGGAGGAGGAGGAGUACGUUCCGCGUGAACAUUUACGAGCGUGGCUGGCAGACCCUCAAGGCCGCGAUCAAUUUAUCACCUACCGCGGCGAGGAUGUUGAGAUUCACUGGCACGGCAAGCCGUCCCAGUCUGAGCUAGCGAUGAAGCCCGAUUGGAAAGACUUUCUAUAUGUCGCAUGGUCUCCCGUGGGAACCUUUGUGGCCACUCUGCACCGUCAGGGUGUGCGACUAUGGGGAGGCAACUCUUGGAAACCACAGCAGCGUUUUGCCCAUCCUCUCGUCAAGCUGAUCGACUUCUCUCCCUGCGAGCAAUACGUUGUGACGUGGUCGAACGAGGCUAUCGUCGUACCCGAUGGAGCACCUCAAGGGCCUCAAUAUCUUUCGCCUGACGACGAAGGAAACAACCUUGCUGUCUGGGACAUCAAAUCGGGACAUCUUCUUCGCACAUUCUCAACCGUGAACGACAGCGAACCGCCUGCUGCCCGCAAGCAGAUGCAAUGGCCAGCGCUGAAAUGGAGCCCCGAUGACAAAUAUGUUGCCCGGGCCACACCAGGACAGAUGAUCAGUGUGUAUGAGCUGCCGAGCAUGGGUUUGGAAGGCAAGAAGAGCAUCAAGAUCGAGGGUGUCGUCGACUUUGAAUGGUGUCCUUCAGGCGAUAAGGACCGUGAGGACGCAGAGAAGGACUCUCAGGCGGCCGCGAAUGGAGCCGGAGCUAAGGUUGCGAAGAAAGCCAGGGAGAACAUGCUAGCUUACUGGACUCCGGAAGUGGCCAAUCAGCCCGCACGCGUCACCUUGCUUGGCUUCCCGAGUCGCACUAUUUUGCGACAGAAGAAUCUGUUCAACGUUUCGGAGUGUAAACUCUUCUGGCAGAAUCAGGGAGACUUCCUCUGCGUCAAAGUCGAUCGGCACACUAAAACCAAAAAGUCCAUCUUCUGCAACCUGGAGAUCUUCCGGGUGCGAGAGAAGGAUUAUCCGGUCGAAGUUGUCGAAUUGAAAGAUACGGUAACCGACUUUUCCUGGGAACCCAAGGGGGAGCGAUUCGCCAUCGUUUCCACGAACGACCCCAACUACGGCAAUCCCGGUCCCGGGAUAACGAUCAAAACCGAUAUCAGCUUCUAUCAGCUUGACCAUGGCAGUGGGAAGAACGACUUCAAGCUGUUGCGGACGCUGCCCAACCGGACCAGCAAUGCCAUCCGCUGGUCCCCGCGAGGAAGACAUGUCGUUCUCGCCACAGUCGGGUCGUCGAGCAAGUCUGAAUUGGAGUUCUGGGAUCUGGACUUCAACAUCGAUGACACCUUCAGACGAGAAGGCCAACAGGUCAGCAAGGAAGAAUGGGGCAGUGGCAUCCAGCUGCUCGGUACCGGCGAUCAUUACGCAUUGACGGAUGUGGAAUGGGAUCCCAGUGGACGUUAUCUGGCCACGAGUGCCAGCUCCUGGACUCACACGGUAUGUAGUCGCUGCUGUUCUCGCGCCUGUCUUAUAGCUCCCCGUCUCAGCUCGAAAACGGUUACGCGAUCUGGGAUUUCCGUGGCCAAGAGAUCGAAAAGCUGAUCCAAGACCGAUUCAAGCAGUUUGUUUGGCGACCGCGGCCGCGAUCUUCGUUGAGCAAAGAACAACAACGCCAAGUCCGCAAGACUCUGAAGGAGUAUUCCCGUGCCUUUGACGAGGAAGAUGCCGCCGAAGAGAGCAACGUCAGCGCCGAGCAAAUUGCACUCCGGAAACGACUCGUUGACGAAUGGAAUGCCUGGCGCGCCAGGAGCAAGUCAGAACAACUCGGGAGCGGAGCGCGGGCUGAGGCGUCGUCUGAGAAGGAAGAGAUCGAGGUCUGGAUCGACGAGGUCAUCGAUCAGGUUGAGGAGAUUCUGGAGUAGUAGUCCUUCUGCACCUUGUAUCUCUAGCCGCGUGGCGACAUCUGUAACAAGUUCAACGGUGCAAUCGCAAUUCGCAUACGAUGAAGUCACUCGCCA